AUGCACACACCAAAAACCUCUCACGAUUUACACAACGAGUCGUCUUCAAACACGGAACAUCCUCAUACACCAUCUGAAGAGCGCGAUCCGAUUCUGUUAGACGAUCAUUUCUCAUUACAAUACGGAAACCCCAUUGAGAUAAUCCACGAUGCACCCAAACAUGCCGUCGACACAUUUGAACCUUCGAAAGACCACUUGCCUCCAGAUUUGAUCGGUCAUAUAAAUACAGUUCCAUGUCAGGAUUGCCGUCGCGACCCUCACCAAAAACGACAAGGAUCACAACGAGACCAUCUUGCUUGCUCAGAAUUCUAUCAUGUUAAUGGAGUUGUUGAAGAGAAAUAA